UACCCAAACCUGACUCGAGUUGGCACAUCCAAAGUAGAUUCCGGUUGGAUCUCACAAUCAAAAAUCAUAAUAGGCGAAGAUCACCAUCAAAGAUGAACGGAAACUAUCACUCGCAGCUCCCAUCCUCCGCUUGCCAAUCGGGACGACUUUCCCCACAUCCUCACGGCCACAAUCAGUUUCCAUCGUACCAGGACCUGAAAGAGGCAUUUCUGAACACUGAAGAUAUAAUGGGGGGAAUGGCUGCUCAGCAAGUGUUUCAGAAGGUGGAAGAAGUCGUGGAAGAAAUGGUUCAAGACAUACUCCUUGAGGGAAACGGCGUUGAGGACCAAGAAAUGGCAUCAGACCAAGCAGUUCCGGAAGAAGCAGCCAUGGGAUUGCUGCUUCUAUUGAAGGGCUAG